GCCUGUGGCGCAGGCGCAGUGGAGUCGCUGGUCACUUGGCACCAUGGAGAUGAGCGGCCCCAUCCCGCAGCUAGUGGAGAGUUUUAGAAAGCAAAAGGCCGACUUUUCAUGUAACAGUCUGGCAGGGGGUGACAGUAGUAAUAACAGGGAGAUUAAUAGAUCCGUGCAAACGAACCGAGAAGACAAAAUGGGUGGCCACGAAAGUGAACUGUUCAUGGAUAACUACUGCAAAGUUUGCUGUGCCAUGCUAAUCUCCGAAGUCCAACGGACAACACACUAUGAGAGCAAAAAACAUGCUAACAAGGUGCGGUUUUACUUCCAAACACACAAAGAAGAAGUAACACCAUCAAAAAGAAUCAAAACAGAAGAUACUACUGUUGGAUUCCAGGGUGCUGCAACGGAAGGAAUGGACAAGAAUAAAUUUUGUCUUCUGUGUAAUAUGGUUUUCACAUCUCCCACGGCUGCACAGUUCCACUAUCAAGGCAAAGUUCACACAAAGAAGCUCAAACAAUUGACUGGGAAGCAGCCCUUUGUAGCCCAGCCUCAGACUGCGCCGUGUUCUAUCACAGUGUCCACAGAUGUGGCUAAUACACCUUCAGUGCAGAUAACCUCUGUAGAGAAUGAACAAGGCAUGCAGGAAAUAACUCCGGAAGCCUCUACAGCUCUGGAUCAGGAGGAUCCUGACAAGUUCUGCAAACUUUGUAAUGCCUCCUUUAACAAUCCGCUAAUGGCCCAACAACAUUACAUUGGGAAGAAGCACAAAAAAAAUGACACGAAGAGACAGUUAAUGGAAGAAAUGGGGAAGGAGGCCGACUCCUCUGAAAACAAUGGUAAUUUUACUUGCGCUAUCUGCAACGUUACACUUAAUUCCAUUAAGCAGUACCAGAGUCAUGUGCAAGGAUACAAGCAUCAAUUUAAAGAAAAUGAAGUGGCCACCCUGGUAAAGAAUACAAAAUCAAAGAGGUAUGAUUCAUUCCAGGAUGAACUUGAUGACUUCAUUAAAGUUCAGAAAGCACGAGGCCUUGUGCCAAAGGUGUGCUUUAGAAGAUUUGAGGACUAUCCAGAGGAGGAGGAGGCAGAGGAGAGUAGUGGCUUGCAUCUGAAUAUUCCACUCCAAUCUUUUCAGUGUUCAUUUGAAGUAAAACAAAGCAUACCAACCCUCAACUCAAGUGGAUUCCAGAAUGAACAACCGCUCCCAGUGAAUGUGGAGACCAAAGUAUCACAAUGGUCCCCCUUGCAAGGUGACCAUGCAAGGGCCCAAACAUUGCAAAAGUGUGACUUGCAUAUGAAGUAUUGUGCAAAAAAGUUGCCAUAUCUGAAGCUAACCUGUUCAGAAAGUCCCCAGAAUCUACACGGGGUGGAGUCAGCUGAAGAAAGUAAACCAGUGAGCUCUGAUGAUAGCACUGGUUCACAUAAAAAAGAGAAGAGGGGAAGGAAGAAGAAACACAGAAAGGACAAGAGAAACAAGGACACAGAAUCUAAUAGAGAUAGUGAUUAUGAGGACUGCACUGAAACACAGGGACUGAAACCAGGUACAAAUCAAACCGCUCAGAAACCCAAUGAAAGGGAUAGAAGAGAGCUUACACUGAGCAAAGAAGAAAAGAUUAAACACAAAAAGGAUAGAAAAGACCAAUGCCUAGAAAAAGAGGACACAAAACAAAGACAUAAAAAGCAGAGAAAAAAGAAGGAAGUUGACAUGAGAACAGAAGAGGAAAAGCUUUGGGAUGAAUCUAUUUUAGGGAUUUGAAUCAAAAGUAGGAACUGCAAGAAAUUUGAUACAUAAUCAUCAUCUUAAUUUGCUCAGGCGCUCUAAGAAUAAAAUUAUAUUGUUAAAAGACAUGUUCAAAAAUUUAACUAUGCUUGUCCUCCCAAGUAAAUAUUGGUAUGUUUGUUAUUCAAAUACUUUAAAAAAAAUUAUCAGUACCUUUAGUUAUGGAGUAUGUGUGUUAUCCUAAUAGUUUUUUUUGUUUGCACAUCAAAACUCUGGUUAUAACAGAUAAUUUACAGUAAAUUGUAAAAUACUGCGCCAUUCAAAAUUCAAGAUUUAAUAAACAAUGUGACAAUAAUUUUAAAUGUUUAAGUAAUAUUGCACUAGUUAUUGUAAUACCUGGUGAAGGCAUUCCCAUGAUGUUGUUGGACAAGGAGCUUCAGGAUUGAGUUCCCUCAUUGUUGGUGAGUCUACUUCUUUGUCACCCUCUCAACUAAACUCUGGAAGCAUUUUCAACAGAAGGGCUUCAGAAGUUCGAGAAGGUGAGCUCACCACCACUACCUCAUGGACAAUUAGGGAUCGGAAGUAAAUACAGGCUUUGUUGGUGUCGCUUUCAUUCCAUCAGGGAAUAAACUAAAUAAUUCACUGUAUGAAAAUUUAAGUGUGUAAUAUAUUAAACAUCAAUCACAUGACUCUAUAUAUUAUAGCACCUUUUGGCCAGCACACUCAAGUUUUUGUCUGAUGAACACUUUGGGGACAGAGGCUAGGGAUGUGAGGAAGAUGAUAUUUAUUAUGUUAUGACAAGCUCCCAUCUGCACAAAUGCUUGUUUGAUUGCUUUGAUGUAAUAAUUUUAAAGGAUCAUACAUAAGGCAGAAUAAUAUUUUGUGUGAUUAUAAUUGCUUUUGUUCGUAGGCACUAGUACAGUUUGUGACUUGCUGUGAACAGUGUACAGACAUUCAUGUACACUCUCUGUUGCACAGGCUGGCAAUUAAAAUCUAGUACAAAUUGUAAACUCCAAAAUA